AUGCCCCGCGUAGCAAAUCCUAAACAUCGCCGCUCAAAUGGCGCAUCAACGCCUCACAAAAACUCGCCUAUGAAGAUCCCUUUGAACGAUGACACGGGGGAGAAGGCCGCCCGUUUGGAGGCUCGACAAGCCCGCCAUGACCGCCAGAUGGAUCAGAUCAAGGCUGCCGUCAAGACACCAAUGCCUCCUCGACGAUACACAUAUGACCGCGCUUCGAGUAUGAGUCCCGGUACCCCUAGGGGAUCAGGACACCGCGGACGAGAGAGCGAUGCUGAUGGACGACGAGCGGUGACCCCAAUGAAACGGGUCCCUAUCUUGGCAAACUUCGAGGAAUGGAUGAAGAUGGCCACGGACAACAAGAUCAACGCGAACAACUCCUGGAACUUUGCUCUGAUUGACUACUUCCAUGAUAUGUCUCUACUCAAGGAAGGCGAUGGUGUCAACUUUCAGAAGGCCAGCUGCACGCUCGAUGGUUGCGUAAAGAUUUAUACAAGCAGAGUCGACAGCGUCGCGACGGAAACAGGUAAACUCCUAAGUGGGCUGGCGGACAGCCGUGAGAAGCGGGGUCGUGACGCUGGCGCGGACGGUGAGGGUGAUGACGAGGACGACGAGGAAGGGGAAGAUGGAACCACCAGGAAGUCGCGGAGAAAGGCCCAGAGAACACACGAGGCUACGCUUGCGCCUUCCUUUGCCGCGCUUCAGCUGAAAAAGUUUGAGCUGGAAUUCUCAGUUGACCCUUUAUUCAAGAAAGCCUCCGCAGAUUUCGACGAGGGAGGGGCAAAAGGCUUGCUUCUGAACCACUUGUCGAUAGAUGGGCAGGGACGUAUCGUCUUUGACAGCAGCGACGACGCUGUUGAGGAAAGCCCAAAUGACGCGGACAAUACUCGCGAAGACUCGGAGGACCCUGAACACCCGAAGUCCUCUUCACCGGCUCCGAUGCGAUCUUCUGAUGAUGCUUUUGAAGACGUUGAGAUUGAUAUAACGCCACUAGCGAACCAAUUUUUCCCCGAUUUGGCGCGCCUCGACGAGCAGGAUAUCUGUCCGUCCCUCAAGAACUUCGACCUUGGCGAUCCCACCGGAUCACUCGAUAUUCCCUUUCUCAAGGCGCCUGAAGAAUGGCGCAAUGAGAAAGGCAACGAGGACGGACGAGGCGUAAACGAUGCCUCUGGGAUUAUGCUCGACGACGACAACGCUGUCGGCUUUGACGACGACGAUGGUACUCUAGCUGGAUUCGAUCUUAGUGAAGAUGCCGGUUUUGGUGAUGGGGGUGAGGCAUGGGCCCGUGAGGCUGCCCUGGAGCCAAUGCUGAAAGUCCAUCGCAUUGACCGUGAUGGCGAUCAGAAUCAGGACGGCGAUGAGGCAAUGGACGACGAAGAUGGGUAUGCUAUAACGCUUACUCAUCAACCAGAUAAGCGUGACCAUGAGAACAUUCUCAGCUAUUUUGACAAUGCACUUCAGAAGAACUGGGCGGGUCCUGAGCACUGGAAGAUUCGGCGUAUCAAGGAACACGCGGCUGCCAGCUCUGCAACUGCAGCGCCGAAGCAGCGGAAGGAAAAGGAGCCGUUUGAAAUCGACUUCGCGGCACCUCUCGAUCCAACCGUCGCUGAAUUGAUUUAUACCCCGGCUAGUUCCAACUCCACCAUUUCCCUGCCCAAGACACAGUGGAGAACCAAAGGGCGGAAUCUGCUACCAGACGACAAACACUUCAACUCCAGACAGCUACUCCGUCUCUUCCUCAAACCUAAGGCUCGCAUGGGCUCGAAGAAACUGGUGGGCCUACGUCAAUAUAACAGCCGACGACAGGACCGGACCGCGGUUAAUGGGGAAAUGGAUGAGGCCUUCUGGGCCAGUCGCAAGCAGGAGGAGGAAGCGGCUGCCGACGAGGAUGCUGCCCCUGGCGCGUAUGAUGCCGACUUCUUCGCGGACGACGAUGGUCUCGCGUUCCCGAACGGGCUCGGUAUCGCCGACGAUGACGACGACAACCUGCCCUUUGCAGAUGCGCGAGAGAUGCUGUCCCCACCAGCUGAUGGGGCUCCAGGCACAACAGCAGGGGAUGCAGGAGGAGCUACGGGUAUUGCUGCUCUCCUCAACAUGGUAGGGGCGACGCCCAAGCCGGGCGCUGGGGGCUUUGGCUCGCAAUUGGUGACACAAGGCGGACGGCGAGCGCGACCUGAAUAUGUCGCCUAUGCAAGAGUCGCCAAGAAAAUCGACGUGCGGAGACUGAAACAAGAGAUGUGGAAGGGCAUGGGCGAAAGGUUGAUUGCAUCCACACAAUUUGAUUCCAUACCACAAACAAGCGCUGGGAACGAUGUCAAUCAUGUACAAAAUAAUGAGACCGAGCCUGAUGCACCGCCAACACCCACACCCCAAAGACCGCAGCCGGUCGACGGCUCGGAAGAACCGAAGGAAGACCGUCGGUUACGCUUCACGCAGAUCAUGAAUUCCCUCAAAACGGUCUAUCCGCCAGAGAAGCUUCGUGACAUCAGCACCUCUUUUGGCUUUAUCUGUCUUCUCCACUUGGCCAACGAGCAAGGCCUCAUCUUGCAAAACGAUGGUCUGUCCGAGGGCGCUGGCGCGGGCUCAUUAGAAGAGAUUUAUGUUGCCAAAGACGUGAAUGCUGUUAUUGACGAAGCGUCUGCUUGA